CUGCUUUGUCCAGUUAUGAAACUUUCCACUGUGCUAGUUCUCUGCUGCAGUUUUUUCUCUAGCAGAGCCAGCCCUCUCCCAACCCAGGAUGCAGACUGUGAUGACCCUGAUGUCUUUGAAGCUGUGGACAUAGCACUGAGAAAAUAUAAUGGAGACAAAACAGAUGGCAACCAGUUUGCUCUGUACAUGGUGAUGGAAGCCAAGAGAAUAGAGGGCUCUGGCAAACAGUUCUUUGUGAUGUACCGAAUAAGAGAGAGCUCUUGUGCUGUUGGGGGAGAUAAACUCUGGCAAGAUUGUGAUUACAGAGCAUCUGCAGAAGCUGAAUCAGGCGAAUGUACAGCUCAAGUUUAUGUUGACAAGACUGAGCAAAUCAGUAACGUUACACAGGAGUGCAAAAUUAUCCCAGUUGAAGGAAAGGUGAUUCUUUCCCAUGUCCAGUGUCUUGGAUGCUAUCAUCCCAUACCGGGGGACAGCCUACAAUUGUUACCCAUUUUGAGAUAUGCUAUUCGGAUCUUUAAUAAUCAGAGUGAACAAUCCUCCCUUUUUGAAGUUGGUGAAAUAAUAAAAGCCACCAGGCAGGUGGUGGCUGGAUGGAAUUAUGCAGUUGAAUAUGAAGUCAAGGAGACUAACUGCACCAAGAAUAAUUUUCAGGAUUUAAGUCCAGAGUGCAAACCCAUUGUUGGAGGCCAUGUAGGUCGCUGUGAAGCCAAGGCCUAUGUGGAUCUUACUAACACAAUUGCGGAUGUUGCACAGAAAUGCAAGUUUCCAGUUGCGGAAACUGUAUCUCCUCACAUUUCCAUUUGUGCUGGCUGUCCAAGGCCCAUCCCAACUAACAGUACAGAAUUGGAGGAACCACUGAGGGCUACCCUGGAGAAGUAUAACGCAGAGAGCAAUGAUGACUUCUAUUAUAAAGCUGAAGUAAUAUUAUAUGCCACAGUGCAGGUGGUUGCUGGAAAAAAUUAUAAUAUAAGAUUUAAAAUUAGGAAGACAAACUGCUCAAAGACGGAUGUCAAGAAGCUGAAUGAAGAUUGUGUGACUACAACAGACAGCAAACCUUUGCUAUGCACAGCACAAGUUUAUGUGAUACCCUGGACAAAGACAAUACGCCCCAAGGUUAGCUGCGCCGAAGAGGAGAAUCUACUGAUGAGAAGGCCUCCAGGCUUUACUCCUUUCCGAUCUCUAGCUGUGGAAGCUAAAACUGUUCAAUACACACCCCAAAUUAAAAAUGAAAAGGGACCUAGAGAAGGACAAGGCCGUGGCAAAGGGUCAGGAAAAGAUAUUAGGCAUGAACCAGCACAUAAACAGGGGCACAGACAUGAUAUUGGGCAUGGACCAGAACAUGAUCAUAGACGUGGACAUGAGGAUGAACAUGGGUGCAGACAUGAUAUUGGACAUGAACCAGAACAUGAACACAGGCGUGGACAUGGGCAUAAGGAUGAACACAGGUGCAGACAUGAUAUUGGGUGUGGAUCAGAACAUGAGGAUAAACAUGGACGUGGGCACGGGCACGGAAAACAUAGGAUAAAGGACAAAUGUAAACAUUCAACAGAAGAGUCUUCUGAAGAAUCCCAUGACAAGGUCACUAACCAAAAGGAAACGCUGCUAGCUGUAGUAGCUGAAAUACAAUCUCAUAAGCCUGAUCUGGUGGAGCUAGAUGUGCUGCCUAGUACUCUAACAGAUGGUGUUACUGAGAUCCCUGAUCUCCCUGCAGAACCAGACAGCCCUGGAAUUAUUCCUGAUAUUCCUUUAUUUGGUGGGUUGCCAGAUGUCCCAGAACCAUCUGUCCCAAAGUGUCCUGGAAAGCCAUGGAAACCAAUCACAGACCUCUCAACUACUACUAACAAACCUAAAGUACUGACAAAUGAGGAUCUUUUACCUCAUCUAUCUGAAGACACGAACCCAGAGACAGAAAAAUACACACUACCCCCCCAGGACUUGGAUGAUUUUAACCUCAUGGAUUCUCUACUGUAAUUCAAACAGUUUAUGGUCCAUUUUUUUAGGCAACAAACAGAAAAUCAUAAAAAUUAUUUUCUUUAGAAACGUAUAAAAUUGUAGAGCAGUGGUUCUCAUCUUGUUAGCUAUGAUACUUAAGAGGGUCACCAGCAGUCUUCUGGAGGAAUUGAGAGCAUGAGCCAAUUCUCUGUGCCUGACUCGCCCCUUACAAAGGUGUAGAUCAGGAGUAACUCCAUUGAAAUCAAUGAGUUAUACUGGCAUAGAAAAAGUGUAAGUGAGAGGAAAGUCAGGCCACUUUUCUCUAGUUUUCUGCUGAAGUAGAUUUAUUCAGUUACUUGCAACUCAUCAUCCUCACCUCAGAUGUCAGAAACACACUAGGUACCACUGCACAGAUUCCAUCACACCGUGUUUGAAACAUCGUGGGAACCAGUUCAAAAAAUUCUGGGAGUCAUCUGAGGAAACCCUGUCAAAUGAAGCUUGAAAAGAAGGCACAGUAUGAAACAGGGAGAGAAUCCCUUCCUUAGAGGUUUAAAACCAUAUUUUUCAUCUCUGCAGGACUGACAAAUUUUUGGAGAAUACAAAAUAAUAAAAUAAAAGGAAAAUGUA